GAACCUCUAUGAAUCCUCAUUCAAGCUGUGAACACUGAAAACAUCAUUUGUAUACAAGAGAAAAUGAAGCUUUCAAAACUUAUGGUUGUAGCUUUAUUCUAUGCAUUUUUGGUUGGAGGGCCAUUAGCCUAUGGUCAGCUUACUCCAACAUUUUAUGAUGAGACAUGUCCAUCUGUGGUCAGCAUUAUCCGUGGAGUGAUUGCAGAGACCUUGAUUUUCGAUCGCCGGAUCGGUGCUAGCCUCAUUAGGCUUCACUUCCAUGACUGUUUUGUUAAUGGUUGUGAUGGAUCUAUUUUGUUGGACAAAACUGCUACUAUAGACACCGAAAAGGAAGCUUUUGCUAACAAUAAUUCUGCAAGAGGCUUUGAUGUUGUUGAUAUAAUGAAGGAAAGGUUGGAGGGUGUUUGUCCCGAUACUGUGUCCUGUGCUGAUAUACUAGCCAUCGCAGCUGAAGAAUCGGUUGUCUUGGCAGGAGGUCCAUGGUGGCCAGUUCCAUUAGGAAGAAGAGACAGUCUAACAGCAAACAGAACUGCUGCUAAUGCUUUCAUCCCAGGUCCCCGUGACACCCUCGAGCGUCUCAGAUCCAGAUUUACUGUUGUUGGCCUCAACAAUAAUACCGAUCUGGUAGCACUAUCUGGUGCUCACACAUUUGGACGAGCUCAAUGUAGAACUUUCAUUGAUCGAUUGUACAACUUCAACAACACAGGCCUUCCUGACCCAACAUUGGACACAACUUCCCUAGCAACACUUCAGCAAUUAUGUCCCCAAGGAGGAAACGGGACUGUGCUAGCUGAUCUUGAUCCCACAACACCUGAUGGCUUUGAUAAUAACUAUUUCUCCAAUCUUCAAGCUAAUAAAGGCCUACUUCAGAGUGAUCAAGAACUGUUUUCGACUCCUGGGGCUGAUGAUAUCAUUGAACUUGUUAACAUAUUCAGUAAUGAUGAAACAGCUUUCUUCGAAAGCUUUGUUGAGUCCAUGAUAAGAAUGGGGAAUCUUAGUCCUUUGACAGGGACAGAAGGUGAGAUCAGAUUGAACUGCAGAGUAGUCAAUGCAAACUUGGCUGGAAAAGAUAGUGUGCUUGUUAGCUCAGUUUGAAAGCCAGACUAUGCCAAGAAAAAAUUGAAAAUAACCUCAUGUAUGUGUGUAAUAAAAAUAACUUUGAUGGAAAUGAAAUGUAAUGAUUAAAAAUUCAGAAUAAAUAUUGAAGUUAUAGCUUAGUCUA